GAAUACAGCAGUCAGCAGGCUCCAAAUUGCAAUUCAAACUGAGUUAGGACCUCUAUUUAAUAAUAUUCCUCUUGAUAUUCGUCAAAUUUAUUAUUCCGGAAGUGUGAACAAAAGGUGUAUGCAAUCACAGGCUUUGAUUUCUGAUUAUUUCAAUGAGAACCCUCCUGUAGACUUAUACCAUGUAGUUGCAUCUCCUAUACCACCCUCGCCUAACAAUUAG